GAGCGGAAAACGUGUAUCCGACUUCAGGGGAAAGGAGCUGGGUGUUUUCCUGGUAAAAUAAGAAACAUUAAUUGCAACACUCAACUCAACCACUGAUAACAUUCGGCUUUCUCAUAGACGUCUGCACAAACUAGAGCUCGGUUUUACGUUCAAGCAUGGCUCGAGAUUGGAAACCUGGUGAUCUGAUCUUUGCCAAGAUGAAGGGGUACCCACACUGGCCUGCAAGAAUCGAUGAAGUCCCAGAUGGUGCUGUGAAGCCAUCCAAUAUCAAGUUGCCCAUUUUCUUCUUUGGCACCCAUGAAACCGCGUUUCUUGGCCCUAAAGACAUCUUUCCGUACCAGCCCAACAAGGAGAAAUACGCGAAGCCCAACAAGAGGAAAGGCUUCAACGAAGGAUUGUGGGAGAUUGAGAACAACCCGAAAGUUGAGCUCACUGCGCCCAAGCCGGUGCCCCCAGGCUCUUUCGCUGAAAAGGAUUCAGACAGCAACCCAGAAGGGGAAGAGGAAGCAGAUGACAAGGGGAUGAAAUCCAAAGUUCCAGGAAGUGAGGCUGAGCAGGAGAAUGAGAAUGAGGAGGAGGAGGAGGAGGAGGAGGAGGAGGAAGGGUCUCUGAUCUCUGAGCAGGGUCCUCAGAACCAGGAUGGCUCAGCACAGAAAGAACCUGCAGAUGUUCCUAAACCCAAGAGAGGAAGAAAGAAAAAGAGUGAUGUUGAGCAGGAGACUGCGAAAGAAGACGCUCCUGUUAGUCCUGUUGCUCCCACAGGUGUAGAGGGUCCUAAACGAAGAGGCAGGAAGCCAAAAAGUGAGAAGCUGCUUUUGCUCCAGCAGCAGGAGCAGCAAGGCUCAGGAAGUGAAAUGGACACUGCAGAGUCAGACCGAAAAAGAAAGAGGGCAACUGAGGACAAGUCCAAGAGUGGGGAGGAGGAGAAGAGAAAGAAGGAGGAGGGCAAAGGAAAGGACGCAGAGGGGAAGGAGCCUGAAACCAAGAAGAAGAAGCAGUCCAAAGAUGACGGCUCAUCGGGCUCUGACGAUGAAGAGAAAAACAAAGGCAGAAAGAAACAACAAAACUCAGAAGUGGACAAAGAUGUGCGUCGACGGAAAGCAGAUGAAUUGAAAGAGCCAAACAAAGAUGAUGGGAAGAAAAAUGAAGAGAAGACAGGAGUGAAGAAAAAGGAAAUAUCAACUGACUUGAAACUCCAGAGGCUGCACAGUGAGAUCAAGAUUUCACUGAAAAUUGACAACGCUGAUGUGAAGAAGUGCCUGGAUGCAUUAGAUGAGAUUGGUGCACUUCAAGUCACAACCCAGCACCUGCAGAAACACAGUGAACUCAUUGCCACGCUCAAAAAGAUUCGCAGAUUCAAGGCCAGCCAGGACAUCAUGGACAAGGCGACUAUGUUGUAUAACAAGUUCAAGAGUAUGUUUCUGGUCGGAGAAGGCGACUGUGUGCUCAGCCAGGUGCUCAACAAGUCUAUAGCCGAGCAGCGGCAGCACGAGGAGGCCAAGAAAGGAGCGCUGAAGAGAGUGGAGCAAGCAAAGGAAAACAACUCAGACAAGAUGACAAACGGUGAUACCAGCCCUGAAGACAAGAAGCAGGAUACGGAGAGAGAGAAGCUUCUUGAGGACACCUCAGUGGGAGAGAAUCUGAGUGCCCCAAAAGCUCAGGAAGAGUCCACUUGAGGAGUGUCCUACAUGCCUGAAGAAAGAGAGGAUAUUUGCUGCUGUACUCAUACAACCUUUGUCAAAACUGGACUGAGCAACUGGGAUCGCCUGUCCAGUUCUGUUAUUGUGCUGCUCAAAGGUUUCAUCAAGCCCCUCCCCUCCCAAGGUGAACUGACUGACUGCACAUUUUAUUUUUUUACCUUGUGUUAUCUUUACCUUUCAGAUGCUUUUAGUAACACGUCAUGUCCAAUCUGUUUUAAUUUGAUUAAUGACCGUAAAAGAAUAAGAACUCGUAGAUCUGCUGCACUGUGAACUUAGGUCCUAUCUUCUAAUAGGAGUAGAUGGUUUGAUUGUGCUCUAUCAUUUCAUAUGCCUUUAAAUUGUUUUUUUUUUACUUUCACAGACUUAACAGUUUGAUUUUAACUUCACUGAAACAUAUUGGGAAGCACUAAGGUUUAGUCAUAGUGAUGUGUUUCAUUACAACAAAAAUAACAGAAAUUCAUUUGCCAAAGUUUUUUGCCAAGUUUCCUCAAACAUGGUCAAGUGUUUUUAAAAGUUGUCAGUUUUUAACAUAGAUGUAAAUAAGAGUAUUUUUGUGCCUGUCUGUUGACCUGUUUCAGCAUCUGAUAAUAAAGUAGUACAUACAGUGUAA